AACAGAUGUGCAAAGAAAAAUACAUUUUAUAAACCUAGCUUUGGAAAUGCAUACUGAAAUACCUGCUGUGAACUUUGCUUGUUUCCCCGAAGAGACGAUCAAAGGUGAAACUUACAGCGCUCCAUAAGAAUGGCUAUGAUGACGACGAACCUCAGCUGUAUGGAGAGUUCAUCCAGAAGUAACCAGUGCCUCGCCACCAGCAGCGCGUCUCCCGGGGUCAUAGCUACCCUCGCUGGCGUUCUGAUCUUUACCACCGUGGCUGAUAUCAUUGGAAAUCUGUUGGUCAUCCUUUCCGUGUAUAGAAACAAGAAACUGAGGAAUGCAGGUAAUCUCUUUGUGGUAAGCCUUUCUGUUGCUGACCUGGUGGUGGCGCUGUACCCCUAUCCCCUAGCUCUGCUAGCUAUCUUCCAUAAUGGCUGGACAAUGGGCUCCUUGCACUGUCAGUUGAGCGGGUUUAUCAUGGGACUGAGCGUGAUCGGUUCAGUCUUCAACAUCACGGCUAUCGCCAUCAACCGUUAUUGCUACAUAUGUCACAGCCUUCGCUACGACCGCCUCUAUUCACGCCGAAACACCUGUCUGUACCUGUUUCUCACCUGGAUGUUCACGGCUCUGGCCACGAUUCCUAACUUUCUCGUGGGCUCCCUGAGUUACGACCCACGUGUCUUCUCCUGCACCUUCACCCAGACGGCAAGCUCCUACUACACCAUUUGCGUGGUGCUGAUACAUUUUCUCGUUCCACUGGGCGUGGUUUCUUUUUGCUACCUGCGCAUAUGGACACUGGUGCUCAGGGUCAAAGGUCGUGUCCGGCCCCAUUCGAGGGUAAGAGCGGCUGACCUGAGGAAUUUCUUGACGAUGUUUGUGGUAUUCGUGCUGUUUGCCGUGUGCUGGGCCCCUCUGAACUUUAUUGGGCUUGCUGUGGCGGUUAACCCUACGAAGGUGGUGCCAAAUAUCCCGGAGUGGCUGUUUGUUAUGAGCUACUUCAUGGCGUACUUCAACAGCUGUCUGAAUGCCGUGGUCUACGGCUUGCUCAACCAGAAUUUCAGGCAAGAGUACAAACUGAUUCUUCGUGCUCUCUGUACCCCGAGAGCGCUGUUCAGUGAAAGUUCCAGAUGCAACACAGAGGCCAUAAAGAGUAAACAGUCACCAGCAGGAACCAAUAACAAUGUGAAGGAAGUGAAUCUGGGUAAGGGUGGAGUGACACAGACUCUGUUCUAGUGGUAGAUCGCUGAGAUUAAAGCCACAAGUGAAGCACCACAAUAUUACCUCUUCUGGUCUCUUUGGGGUCCCUUAACAAGGCCAAGUGUGUAAAAUGAACACUUCUUGAAACAGCUUUUUGAGUGUUUCAAUGGCCUUGAGCUGGCAAACAGACUAUUCAGAUUAGUAUUAAAGGUUGUGGAGAAUAUGCACUUGAAUAUAGAGAUUGCCUGAUACCAUAGCAACCAAAACUGAAAAAGUAAUUUUUUCAAUGCUGUGUCUUUUGUAAAUUCUUUCUAUAUUAUUUUUUUGUAUAUCUGGUAAUGUAUCUCUAAGUAAAGAGCAGGAAUGAACUUAUCACUGAUAAAGAAAAACAAGAUUGAUGCUCUUUGGAGUCAAUUAAAAGUACAGCACAUAAUGUGAUAUGUCUACUGAGAGAGUUAUGUUUUGAUACAUGUAAC